GUUGCUCCUCGACAUCAUGCAUCUAACUUUAAACAGCAAAUUUAUGAUAUAACAGAGCGAUCCAGAAGAUGGCAGUAAUGCCCCCCCUUUCCCUCUCUGAACACGGGCUGAAGAAGAAACGGGCCGACAGACCUCGGAGGGGAAGCUGCCUGCAUCAUCUGCCUACCGAGCCAGGAACCCGCAAGCUGAACCACAGGAACAAAAAUGGCGUUCACAUUCGCGGCCUUUUGUUACAUGCUCGCUCUGUUGCUCACGGCGGCGCUUAUCUUCUUCGCUAUCUGGCACAUAAUAGCAUUUGAUGAGCUGAAGACUGAUUACAAGAAUCCUAUAGAUCAGUGUAACACUUUAAAUCCGACAGUUGAAAAGGUCAAAAAGAUUAAAAGAGUCAAAAUUGCAUUAAAGCUGGUGCUCCCAGAGUAUCUCAUCCAUUUCUUCUUCUGUGUGAUGUUCUUCUGUGCGGCCGAGUGGCUCACCCUGUUCCUCAACUUACCGCUGCUGGCUUAUCAUGUCUGGAGGUAUAUGAGCAGGCCUGUGAUGAGCUGUCCAGGACUCUACGACCCAACAACCAUCAUGAACGCCGACAUCCUGGCGUACUGUCAAAAAGAGGGCUGGUGCAAACUGGCUUUCUACCUCCUCUCCUUUUUCUACUAUCUCUACGGGAUGAUCUACGUUCUGGUGAGCUCCUAAACGAGGAGGAAGAGGAGGGCCUGCAUGUACAGUCGACGACCAGACACUAUGAUCUUUAGUGCUGGAACACUGGACCUGCGGCGACCACUGAUCAGCAACACCAGAUGCCAUUUUUACGCGGACGAACUCUAGCCCUCCCCCCAACUCACAGCGCAGAGUGUCAUUUCAGAAACAUCUAGCCCGAUUUGAGAGAACAUCUCGGCCGCAGCGUUCCUCCCAUAGCACUAUAGUUUAAGUAUUUUAUGGAAAACAGACUGAUUGGAUGAGUUGCUCUUUAUUUUUAAUGGUGUGAUGACUUUUUUUUUUUUGAUGCUGGGGGUUUAAAUAAAGUUUUUCAUCACGG